GAUCCCUCCGUACGGUACCGCCACAGUCACUGCGCGUCCGUUUGUUCCUCAGAUGUUCUGUGUUCUUCGAAGUACUUUUAUCGUAUUUUUGGGUCGAAAGGCGUGAUUCCGGCGCAAAAUGUAGUGAUGACAAACUGAAAACUUUUGAAGCCGCCUCUCGGCAUGUUGAAUGAAAGUAGCAAACGCUUCUCGUCCCGAAGGAUACGUCCCGUAAUCAUUGUGAUACUUGCGUGUUGUGUUGUAGGUAAUAUCAUGUUCAUUCGUUCCAUGAGAAAAGACAGAGCAAACGGUGCACUUGGCAACGCCCAGAAAUCGAAAGCGUCUCUCUAUUACUCGCUGCUGGGGAAAUAUUUCGUGCUUGUUGGCAGCGAGUACAGGUUGAAGGCUAUGCACGAUUACGAACACUUCGAUUGCGCGGCAGUCGCUUCCUCCGUCAAACGAGGGGACUACAUCGCAUCCGGAUGGACAAAGUCGACUUAUAUGGGGACGUACAACGGGAGCAUCGACGUAGCGGUGAAGGUCGUGAACGAUGGUGGACACCACAUACGUGAGUGCAUGGAGAAAGACCCGAAGGAAACCCUCCAAGAAUGCCACAUGGGUGCCGGCGCGAAGGUCCUCAACGAAAUACUCUAUCAUUCGUGGCUGAAUCAUCCCAAUAUUGCGAAGAUGUACGGUUACUGCAUUCCAAAGGAAUAUUUGUUGGAAUCUUCGAGUAAGAACCUGGUGGUCGUAACAGAGUUGGGAGAACCGCUAGAUAUCAUACGUCUCUUACAGAUGUCGUGGGAAGAUCGUUUAAGAGUUGGUCUCGGAUUAGCACGUCUUCUAUCCUACAUGAGUGAGGACGCCCGCGGACCCAUACUAGUCACAGACUUCCGACGACAGCAGUUCGUCUUACACGAUGGGGAGAUCAAGCUCUCGGACUUGGACGACGUCGCAUACGGAGAUCCGGCAUGCUCGGCAGCGUUGGACUGCGAGAUUGUUACGGGCGUUCAGGUCCAAUGUGUAUCAGGCAGUUGUCAGAACUUCGCUGAACGAAGCAACGUUUUAAAGACGGGCCGACACUUCUUGAACUUCCUGUUGAUGCCUAGCGUUCCGCAGCUGUUGGAACAUCGUGUUCAUCAGAUCAUGGAUGCAUAUCAGAACGCCUCUUGGAGCGCCAGAAAGCUUCUUCAAGAGACCGAGCUGGUGGCGAAACUGUUUUCAAAUGGCAGCUACAGGUCACCGUCGAAGUCGUACCUCACCGACUACAUUAGGCAAAACCAAAGCGACUUGUUGGGACGUUUUGACUAUCGUUGUCGCAUGAGCAUGUCGAGCAACAUUUGCAUGCUUUCGGUCUUCGAUGAAGAGGAGGCGGCAGAAACGUGCUCAUCGGACAUUGCCUGCAAGGCUUUUGUGGUCACACAGCAGCGCUCUUGGUCAGGAAGAAAAAUAGUCUACUUCAAGAAUGGAUACAGUGGUUCGACAUUUUCGCAUGCAACAACAUUGUACCGCAGAACGGGCUAGUUUGACGUGCAUUUUUACCAUUGAACGUUUGUACAUUAAAACAUUUCUCACUGCA